AUGAUACCAACAAACAGCAGAAAAACAAAAAACCUACCCACAUCGACCCUGACCGGGGAAGUACCGGGUCCCCCCGAAGAGCCCCCGGCGGCUGUUGGUGUGGGACCAUCGGUACCCAACCAGGCAACAACCAACAAGACCGAAACGGCGGACAACCCGGCGGACCCUAGCGCCCCGCAACCUAGCGGGCCUCAAUGCGGCCCAGCCGACCACCAUAAUUCGACUAACCAACCUACGGAUACAAAAAAACAUGGCGAACCCGGGUCUCCCAGCACACCCCCACCAGGAGGAACUAGAGGACGGCAAGCGGAUCGCCCCCCACCAUACGACCCCCCACCACGUGACACAGCAAGAAGCAAACUGGUUCACCCCGACGAACCUUCGGCUCCUGCCGAUGCAGAGGGCCCGGCCAACCCCCCGGAACACCAACACAACGAACACCCCAUCACCCCAAUGAGCUACAACUUUCACCCCCGCUCUCCGAGCCCGGUAGCUGGCUGCUCCUGGCACCCCAUCACCUUCCAUUUGAACACAGCGACAAACACAGAGCCAACCAGCAGCAUAUUUAACUCCGAUAAAACCAGUAUAGAAGGAGACGUUAGGGAAAAAGCCUUCUCCCCUGCACCGGCCCCGCCCGCGGACGUACCGGCACCUACCGACGAGCCUUCGGCGGCUGCAGGUGCAGGGGGCCCGGCUCCCCAUCGGGUAAGUCCCACUAUUCGCUGCGUUUCUCCCGAACAAUCGUACGGCUCCACACCUUUUCUAGACAACUCACCACCAAACCCGCCCAGCCACCUGCUUCACAACUAUAGGAACUCCCCGGAACGCCUUGCUGACCCCCCAUUAAACCUGAUACAACCAGGCCUACACACUACGACCAGACCGCAGAUUUCCAACACACACAGCCCUGGCGACCCUCGCCCUGGCACCCCUUCGGAAUCCGGCUCCGAUACCCUUAACUCCGGUAACCGCAGCACACUGGCCCUCCAGUGGAACGCCAACGGACUGCGUCAGAACCUCAGAGACCUCCAGGUUAUCAUCGCCCGGCACAACCCCAUCGUGCUUGCCAUCCAGGAAACACAUAUCCCCGUAGGAACCGAUCCCACCCGGUGGCUUGGAGGCCACUACACGUGGGAACUCCGGACCGGUGGAAACAUUUUUCAAACCGUCGGAUUAGCCACCCGUUCCGACAUUCCAGGAGGCGAAAUCCGCUUAGACACACAGCUACUCGCGAUCGCGAGGAGAAUCCUGGUACCCACCCCCUGCACCGUCGCAACCGUUUACAUACCCCAGGAGGUCCAGGAUGUUGGAAAGAAGCUCGAUCACCUGAUUCGGCAGCUACCCACCCCGUUCCUCAUCAUGGGCGAUUUCAACGCCCACCAUCCAGCCUGGGGGUCUCGCCGCCCCAACCGUCGCGGAAACGAGAUCCUCAAAACCGUCGAAAACAAUGGAGCCAUCAUACUUAACGACGGAAAUCCGACGUUCGCCAGAGGCCCUGCCCUAACGCACAUCGACAUCUCCAUAUGCUCCAGCCCCCUAGCACCUGACUGCCUGUGGUCCGUGCUUCCGGACUCCUGCAGCAGUGACCACCACCCGAUCUUGAUCACUCACAGGGCAACCCCCCCCUACAACAACUCGCCGGCGUCGAUGGCUCUACAAGGAAGCCGACUGGAUGAACUCACCGACAUCAUACACUUCGCUGCCGAAUCGAGCAUUCCCAGAACCAGCGGGACCCCACGACGGAGAGCGGUCCACUGGUGGUGCUCCGAAGUAGCUACCGCCAUCAAAAACCGCCGCAGAGCCCUCCGUACCCUUCGGAAAACUCCGACUGACAGCCCUUUAUGGGCCCCUCGAUCCAACAACUUCCGGCAACUGCGCAACGACGCACGGAAAGCCAUCUCCGAAGCCAAAACCGCCAGUUGGAACUCUUUCCUAGACGGGAUCCACCCCGAUUCACCAACGGAGGAAAUUUGGCGCCGAGUCAACGCGCUCAGCGGAAAGAGACGUAACAUAGGUUUUUCACUCGACAUCGGUGGAUCACCAAGCAUUCAACCCAGUGAAAUUGCUAACGAGCUGGGAAGGUAUUUCUCCUCGCUCUCCGCAAACACCUCGCUGCCCACCGAAUUCCAAACCAGAAAGAACCAUCUCGAGGCCAACCCCGUUACCUUCCUUCCGGACUCAUCCGCCCAAUGGAACCAGCCCUUUUCCGGAACGGAACUCUCCUACGCUCUCAACCAGGGCCAAGGAAAAGCCACCGGCAUCGACAACAUUGGCUAUCCUCUUCUACGCAACCUACCGGCAUCUGGUAAAAGAACCCUCCUCGAGUGUUUCAACCAAAUCUGGAAGGGCGGACCUAUCCCGAACUCGUGGCAGACAGCCCUGAUCAUCCCGAUCCCCAAAAGGGUCCAGGGACCCCGUACGGCCAAGGACUUCCGGCCUAUAAGCCUGCUCCCUUGCAUCAGCAAAACAUUUGAGAGGAUGGCCAAUAGAAGACUAACAGACAUCCUCGAACAGAGCCAACUCUUGGACAAUCGUCAACACGCCUUCCGGAAGGGGAAGGGCAUCGGGUCUUACCUGGCAUCCCUGGGAGAGACCCUCGAACAGGCCAGAAGGGACGGCCUCCACGCGGACAUCGCAGCCCUAGAUAUCGAAAAAGCAUACAACACCGUAUGGCGUGAGGGUAUCCUCCGCCAACUCCACCGCUGGGGGAUCGGAGGAAACCUCGGCGCCUAUAUCCAGCGCUUCCUCCAAGACCGCAGGUUCCGGGUUGGAAUUGGCGGUAGCGAAUCUGGAGUGUACGUGGAAGAAAACGGAGUACCCCAGGGGUCCGUACUCGCGGUCACCCUAUUCCUCAUCUCUAUGAACACCAUAUUCGCCACCCUCCCCAAGGGGGUCUUCAUCUUCGUGUAUGCUGACGACAUUGUACUAGUCGUAACCGGAAGAACCAGAGGUAGAACGCGAAUCAAACUCCAGGCUGCCGUCAAUGCCGUGUCCAAAUGGGCAACUGGAAUCGGCUUCCGACUAUCGAUCAGCAAGAGCUUCUACACCCACAUCUGCGACUCCUUCCACCGUGCCACCGACCGUCCAAUCCGCAUCGCCGACACCCCGAUCACAUACAGAAAGGAACCGACCAUCCUCGGGAUCACAUUAGACCGCAAAACCACCUUCGCCCCCCAUUUCCGGAGGAUAAAAGCCGAAUGCGCCAACCGUAAACGCCUAGUACAGACAAUAGUCGCCAGGCACCCUAAAUGCAACAGGGAUACCGCACUGAGGGUUGGCGAAGCCCAUCUUCACCUUAUCUUCUACGGAGUUGAGAUAACCGGGAAAAACAUCGCAGGUAUCAACAACAUCUUAGCCCCGCUCUACCACGGAUCCAUCCGGAGCGCAUCCAAACUCCUGCCCAGCACACCAGCAGAAAGCGCAUGUGUAGAGGCUGGCGUACUCCCAUUCCGUUGGAGAACCGCCCUCGUCAUCUUCCGGCGGGCACUAGGCGUACUUGAGAAGACAUACGGAAACGACGAAUCUGCGACACUCCAAACAGCCCAGGAUAUAUACUUGGAGUUCACUGGAACCGCCCUACCCCCACUCGCCCGGCUGCACCGGGUUUGGCCUCGCCCCUGGAAUGCACAACCCAUCCUGAUCGACACAUCCCUGUCCAGAACCCUCCGGGCCGGAGGAGUACCAGAAAUCGCACAGGCAACAUACAACCAGCUGGUAGCACGACGCUACUCCUCCCACACACGCAUAUUCACCGACGGCUCGAAGAGGGACGGGGAGGUGGGAGUCGGUGUUACCAACGGCCCAACCGGCUCCUCCUUCCGGCUCCCGACCCAAUGCUCGGAGUUCUCGGCCGAAGCAGCAGCCAUCGCCCUGGCCCUUGCCCGAAGACCUUCCGACUCUGCAACCACCAUCUUCACCGACUCGCUCUCGGUUCUUCGCGCCCUCGAGAACGGCCAGUCCCGCCACCCCUUUGUACAGGCCAUCGAAGAGGAUAUCGACUCUCUCACCACCCUCUGCUGGAUCCCCGGACAUUGUGGUAUAAAGGGGAAUGCCGAGGCUGACUCCCGCGCUACCCGGGGUAGGACAGCGAGGAAAGUGUUAACCAAGGAGGUUCCAUCGCAGGACAUUGUUCGCCACUUCACCCAGGCCAUCUACAAUCACUUCGCCCAACACUGGCGAACUUCUCGUGGUUAUCUGCAGAAAAUCAAGGGAACUCCCGCCAAGUGGGAGAACCGGGACAACUGGAAAGAGCAAAGGGUCCUUUCGCGGCUCCGGACCGGACACACCAAAAUUUCCCAUGAGCAUACCGUCGCCAACGCACCCGUUCCCUCCUGCACCACCUGCGGGACUCGGAAAUCAGUCGAGCACUUGCUCAUAAACUGCAUCGAACUACAAGAUCUUCGAGCAAUGCAUGACCUACCACUCUCCAUCCGCGACGCACUUUCUAACGACCCUACGCCUACGUGUCAGUUCUGUAAUCAGACGGCACACUACGGUAAGCCAUGCGCCAAAACUAAAGCAAACUCAUCUGCAACCACCACUGCCAAACAGCCUUCAACAUCUGCUGAUACACAAAAGACAGCCGACCUAAAAAUGAAUGCCGAACAAACAAUAUUCCACGGCAUCUCAAAGCCAUCAGUUAACGUACGCAGGGAAGAAAUAAACAAGAGCGAGGACGGCUAUAUCAACGUAACUCGAAAACACAAAAAGCACCAAAAAACUAAAAGUGACCACCAGAGCCAAUCUAGCGAUGACGAUAUGGGCAUAAUUAUCAGCAAGCGGCAGAAUUAUCAGCAAGCGGCAGAUACACCCGACCAUCGCUCACCACCAAGAAAGGAAAUAAACACAAGAAGCGGAAAGCAGUGCGCCUAG